CCCAAAGGAAUCUAACUGGGAGUCAAACUAUAGACCUCAUCCUUAAAAACACAAAACCAGAGACCAGAGACUGGACUAGGGACAAAGACCAGACACCAGACCUAAGACACACCUAAGGACCAGACCAGAGACUAGAGUCUAGACCUCAGACCAAAGUCCAAACCUGAGACCAGAGUCCAACCCAAGUCUGAGACUUACACCUGGACCAUACCCAAAGCAGAAUCCAAAAUGUUCCCCAGGAGUGUGCAGCUGCUGUUCACAACGGUGAUGGUGCUGUCCUCCGUCCUCUGCGCUCCCUCCAGUGGAGCCCAGCCUGUGGGGUGUCAGACACGAGGUGCAGAUCUGUCCCUGGACCAGGACCAGGACCGGACCGUCCUCUGUCCCUCAGACUGUCCCCACAGAGUCUCUGUGUUUGGGACCAAAGUGUACGCCGCUGUGUCCUCUGUGUGUGGAGCAGCUCUACACAGUGGUGUGCUGGGCAUGUCUGGGGGUCCCGUGGUCGUGAAGAAGCUGCCUGGGCGUCUGAACUACAUGAAAUCUUAUUCAAACGGAGUCCAGUCCCAACACCUGCCCCGCUGGACCUCCUCCUUCAGCCUCGACUAUGCGGAGCAGGAGCCCCUGGAGCUCAGCAGUCAGACCAGCACCACGGCUCUCCCUGCAGAGGAACCAGUGAAAAAGCCCCUGAAGAAAAUUACAGUGAAGAAGGUGCUCAACAGAGGAAACAAAGACUGUCAGCUGGACGUGAUGGUGGUACUAGACGGCUCGGAGAACAUUGGGCGUCGCAGGUUUAAUCUCCAGAAGAACUUCGUGGUUCGUUUGGCUUCUUUCCUCAAAGUGGGACCGAUUGGACCUCACGUGGGUCUGGUCCAGGCCAGCGGAGCUCCAAAGACUGAGUUCCUCCUGAACAACUUCACGCAGCCCAAAGACCUGCUCUACGCCAUCAAGGAAGUAUCCUACAGCGGAGGAGAAACCAACACAGGUAAGGCGAUCCUCCACGCUGCAGAGUCCCUGUUCUCUCAGGAGCGUGGGGGGAGGAGGGGGCAUCCUAAGGUGCUCUUGGUGCUGGUGGAUGGGUGGCCCUCAGAUGAUCUGGACCAGGCCUCGGUUAUGGCCCGAGAGUCCGGGAUCAACGUGUUCCUAGUCUCUGUGGCCAAACCCUCUGCCGAUGAGCUGCCCAUGGUCCCAGACAAGGACUUCACAAAGAAGGCGGUGUGUAAAGACAACGGUCACUUCUCAUUCUCCAUCCCGAGCUGGUUCAGCGCCAACAAGCACGUCAAAACUUUGACCCAGAGACUCUGCUCAAUGGACAACCUCCUCUGCAGUAAAACGUGUUAUAAUUCAAUAAACCUGGGCUUUCUGAUUGACGGCUCGUCCAGUGUGGGAGACUCAAACUUCCAGAUAGUUCUGGACUUUUUGGCGGAAAUCGCUCAGCACUUUGACAUCUCCGACGUGGCCGCUCGAGUUGGUGCUGUACAGUUCACGUACGACCAGCGUCUGGAGUUCGGGCUGCAAGAAUACUCUAACAAACAGGAGGUUCUGGGUGCCCUCAGAAGCAUCUACUACAUGAGUGGAGGCACGGCCACUGGAUCGGCAAUAGAGUUCGCCACACACCACCUGUUCAGCAGGAGGAGCUCUCGGGGGCGGGACUUCCUGGUGGUGAUCACUGAUGGACAGUCGUACGAUGAUGUCAGAGCUCCGGCGAUCGCUGCACACAAACAAGGUGUGACAAUGUUGGCGGUAGGUGUGGCCUGGGCUCCUGUGGAGGAUCUUAGGGACAUGGCAUCAGAGCCCAAAGAUUCUCACACGUUUUUCUCUCGUGAGUUCAGCGGUUUGCACGAGUUUAUCCCGAACAUCGUCAAAGCCAUCUGCCGACAGUUCAAUGAAAACAACUGAGGAGCAGCACUUUCAUUUACAACAAGAAUUAACAGAUCAAAUAAAAAUCUACAGCACAGCCCCAUUUUAUGAUAAAACAGAAGGAUGAUAAAGGGUCAGAGGUUAUUACAGCACAACUUGACUGCACAUUUUAUUAAAACUCCUCUGUCAGAUGAGACAUCUCUCAUUCUUCCAGGAGUGUUUCAAUAAAGAAACCAAGAUGUUUGGGCUCCCAUCCAGAAGCUGAUGUAAAAUGACUUCUGGAUGGCAGCCGAAAAGUCUUGAUUACAAAAACCUUAAAACAUUAGUCAUUAUAUUCAGAUAAAAAAACAAAAAUAUACUUUGUGCUAUAGAUAAGAUAAGAUAUAUUUAAUGGUCCUUCUACAUUACACCAAAGCAACUUUUCAUUCAAACAUGUUUCAGUAAUCCUGCACAUUUAGUCUGUCUCCCUCUGUACAGCUCACAACACUCUAUUACACCUGGUGAUGUCAUCAGGAGGUUAUCCAGAAGUGCUCCUCUGGAUUUUUAAAGUCCAUACACUUUCAUCACAUGCUCAAAUGACCUGUACUGCACAUAACCACC